CUAGCACCAUUUCAGCACGCCCAUGUCCCAAAUGUGCCCCAGAGUCGUGGAAAACCGUACCGACGGUCAAAUUUUGGGGAAAAUAGAAAGAUUAUGUGAAAUUACCGACGUUAUCAUAAAGAAGAAAGCUGCUAGGAAAACAGGAGUUUAAUACAAGUUUAAAAUCAAUAUCAUUCACGCUACAGUGUCUCUCUAGCAGCCCGCUGUGCUUUUAGGUUUGCAACAAAAUGGAGCCACGUGUAUGGUUGAUCGUCUGCACCAUAUUGCCUACCCUACAAGCGCACGGAAAUCAAGAAUGCAACGGAUGCUGUAAGCUUCCGGAGGACCCAAUGAGUCAUGACCCUAGACUCGAGGUCUUCUACGAGUUCCAAGACCAAUUUCCAACUGGCUUCGCAAUGACCCCCUGCGGUCGGAAAUUCGCAAGCUACCCAUCCAGCUUUGACCCCCUGAACACCAACGACGGAUGCAACGGCAAGUACGCCGUGGCCGAACUCACCGACUGUGAAGAGCUCCCUUACCCUAACCGCUGCAUGAACAACCCAUACGGAGGUGUCAUCAACUACUCGACUUGUCCACCAACGACAAAAGGCCUCCGGCAUCACUUCAUCAGCGUCAUAACAAUAGUUUACAUAAAGGAGUUAAAUCUUCUCUUCUGUUUGGACACCGCUCGUGCCAGGGAUUGCAAACAGAUUCUCUACCAAGCAUCUUCGGGCGGGACCAAGGUCGUUGCGAUCAACGUUUGCAAUAACUGCGUCUCGCGAAUUUAUUAUUUUGAUGAAAUUGCAAAACCGACAUCUUACUUCAGAGGCCUGGCAGUGGACCCCAAGAAAAACGUAGCGUACAUUGUGGAUGGGUUGGAAUCCAAAAUCAUCGUGUUGGACUUGUGUACCGGAAAGUCUUACAUCGCGUUCCAAGGAGACGAAUCCCUCUUACCUACUCCGUUAUUUUUGCCUGUCACUUUCGGCCAACCGUUGUACACCGCGGGGAACAGCACACAAGGGAACACUGUUGUGGGGUCCAUUUCGUUUGGUCCGAUUGUGGUUACCAUCUCCCCGGACGGAACGCUGCUGUAUUACGCCCAACUCAGUGGCCGAUUUCUGUAUUCCGUGUGUACUAAAGCUCUACUGGACAAUCUGCCGUCAACCGAAGUCGCAAAAACUGUAAGGAGCCAUGGAGAGAAAGGAGUGUCCUUCGCGCUACUCUGUGAUCAGAGGGGCAGAGUUUGGUCCGGCUGUGGGGAAAAUGACGGGAUUACAGUCUUCAACCCUAACUGUCCAUUCGGGAAGAACUUCUUGUACAUCCGUGACCCUCGACUAAAUUGGCCGUUUUCAUUCAUCGAACCAGGAGACGGUUAUAUUUAUUUUAUUAUUAACUCGAUAAGUGGACUGACGGUUAACUAUCCUGGAACGGGUCUCCCGUUUGUGGACAGGAGAGAGAAGCCGUACGUGGUGUUCCGAUUUAAGUCGCCUUGUGAAAGCCUCUGUCCUAGUUUUUGCGACCCGGCAACACUGGGAUUACAAGUAUGCUCUUGAGGUGAUUGCGGCUACAAUUCUGCCGUGACAGCGAAGAGAGCAGUAAGUGCCAAAUCGAGUUUCCCUCAAAAUGUGUCUAAACUCUUUCAGACGAUGAAAUCACUGAAAUUGCUAAAACAGCAAAUUCAUCUUAAUUGUAUCAAAACGAGACAUGAGAAAGCUGUAAGUACGCAAAAAAUGAUGUAGUUACAGGGAAGACAGCAGCAAGUGACAAAAUUCCUCCAGAGAGUCAAUCAAAACCGCGCCUCCAAGUAAAGUUCCGCCCUCUUCUGGGAAUUUCUAACCUGAAAAUGCGUUUGUUGUGUGUUUAAAACGCAACUACGAAAGGAUGCAGAAGAUAGCACUUACGGCUGUCUUGCCUAACAAUAACCUAGCAUGAAAAUGAAAAAUAUCCUCUUUAUGUAAUUAAAAUAAGAUCAGUCGAUUUUUAAUCAUCCAAACGAUUUCUAGGAGUCAUCCGGAACGACUAGUGGCAAUUUAACAAAGAACGGAAGCUUCUUUCAAUAAAAUUUUCCGGUCUGAA